AUGGAAUCCUUAAACAUACCAAAUAUCAAGAUGAAGAAAGCAAACUCCAUCCAAUAUACCUACCGCCGUCUCCGCAAGAUCGCAGCUUUAUUCCGUUUCUUCGAGCUUUUCCUCUUUAUAAUGGUCGUUUCCCGAUUCACCACUCAAUUACCACUCGCUUUCAGAAUCUCCGCCGACUACUUCACCGGAAUCUCACUUUCCCUCUUCACCACCCCCACCCCCGGAUCAGUUUUCCUAAUCGGAAACGCCAUCGUCCUCCUCCUCUUUCUCAUCUCCCGCGACCACGCCACCUUCUCUUCCUCCUCCGCCGCCGCCGGAGAUAAAAAGAUUACCAAUCUCGACUAUUACGAUGAUUACGUCAAGAGAAAUCACAAGAUUUCAAAUUUCCAUCAGCAUAAACAGACUACCACCAUCAUCAAAGAUCAAACAGGGGGGGUCAUUAAUGAAAUUGCUCCGGCGGCAGAGAUCAAGGAAAGAAAGAAGAUUGAACGUAGCCAAUCAGACAACAUAAUAGUACUAAACAGACAGAAACCUGUCGGUCGUCUCACCCGGACUUUGACGUCGGAGACUUGCCGGAAAGUUCCUAGCCUAGAGGAUGAUGAUGAGAUGAGCAACGAAGAGUUUCAGCAGAAAGUUGAGGAUUUCAUAGCCCGUCAACAAAGAGAAUUCUUUGGCUGUUAA